UUAAAAUAAUCUAUCGCAAGUUACUCCAAGUUGUGAUUGGUUUCUCAUCAAAUUUUGAAUAUUGUGUUAAAAAUGCAAAAAAAUAAUUUAACUAUUGGUGCUUUUUCGGUGCCAUUUGCUCGAGGAUUUGCUGAGAAAGACGGUCAAAUAAUUCCUAGAUUGGUGUCUCUUAAACGAUUGCAAGCGAUUCUUUCUAACUCUAAUCAGUUCAAUCUGAAAUUCAUUUUACCCGAGGAAGGACAAUUGGGAGUGCUAACAGAAACUGGUUAUCAUGAUGGAGUUUUGGGUUUAUUGCAAGAAGGGAAGGCUGAUUUGUGCCACUUGCCAUUAUCGCUGGAUACCCAAAAGGCUCCUGGUUAUUUCACUCCAGUUAUAUCAGAACAAAACUUCUAUAUAUUUAGCACACGAAACCUGAAUCUCGACAGUUCAGCAGUUGUUUCAAGUCUAACAUCAGGCACUGUAACUCCUUUAUUAUUGGCUAUUUUGGCCAUAUUAUUACUGGAAUUGGUUGCAGUUAAACAUUUCAAAAUUGAAGCUUUAUUGACAGCAACCUUUCGAUCCUUUGGUAUCUCAUUCCACCAGAAUUCAUCUCAAACUUCAUCCUGGCUUUGUUUGAUUCAAAUGCUUAUCCUAAUGUUUCCUGUGUUCAUCUUUAAUUCUGCAUUCAGUACGCAAACUAUUGUAGGAACUGCAGAUUACAAGAUUGACACAUUGCAGGAUGUUAUCAACCAGGGAAGAAUACCGUUUUUCCUUGAAGGUAUUUCAAUGCACGACUUCUUCAAAGCCAAAGUGACCAAAGAUUAUGCUGAUAUUUAUGAACGUGGCGUUUCUGCAGGAUUUGGUGAAGCCUUUCAAUUAGGACCUAUUCCUGUGUUUGAAAAGAGCGAAAUGAUGGUCACUUUCAUAUCAAGUGUCGGCAGAAAACUUGCCCCAUUGAUGAGUUCAGUAUCUGGUUUUGCCAAAGCCAAUCAAGAACAUUACUUCUCAGCAAAGCCUUUCCAUAAAUCUUUGCAAGCUAUUCUUUUUAGCCGCAAUACAUCUAAGCCCAUCAGAAGAAAAUUUGAUACUCUAAGUCGGCGGAUAAUUCAAAGUGGAAUCGUCCCGAAAAUACAAGGAGAUAUUUACAUUGAAUUUAUACUUUCUUUUUAUCCAACUACCUUAUUCGAGUUUCACAAAUCUGAAGUUCCUUUAAAAAUUAAUGAUUUCACUUGGAAACCAUUAAGUUUUAGUGGAUUCUAUCAGAUAUUUUAUAUUUAUGUCUUAAUAUUGAUACUGAUAACAUUUGUUGCACUCAUUGAAAUCACCAUUGGUUUUUUCUUUACUUGA